AUGGUCUACAACGUUGGCGGUAUCGAAGUGCUCCAGAGGCCGAUCCUGGCUCCAGAGACCGACAACGGUCCUCCCAAGAACAAGUUCCACUACGAGGGUCUCCAAGAGACCUCGACUGUCCUGCCCAAGGGACAUCAAAAGGUCCCAGGCGCGUCUGCUGCCGCGCCUUGCGACGUCCGCUUUGACCGCGACGUCAAAGUGGCGCUCCGUGAUGGCACAAGGAUUCGGGUCGAUAUCUUCCGCCCCGCAGACCUUCCCGCCGAUGCCAAGAUCCCUGCAAUUGUCGCCUGGAGUCCUUAUGGUAACCACGGUGUUGGAUUCCCCAACCUCGAGUACCUUCCUUACCGCGCUUGUGUCCCCGAGAGCCGCCUUUCUGGUUAUGAGAAGUUUGAAGGUCCUUGCCCGUACGAUUUUGUGCCUCGCGGUUACGCGCUCGUGAACGCCGACUCUCGCGGCACUUGGGACUCUGAGGGCGACAUGGUGUUCCCUGGAACACAAGAAGGUCGCGACGGUGCCGACCUGGUCGAUUGGGUUGGUGAGCAGGAGUGGUGUAACGGCAAGGUUGGCAUGGCCGGAAACUCGUGGCUUGCCCGGGCCAUCUGGUUUACGGCAGCACAGCAGCCCAAACACCUGGCUGCCAUUGCCCCGUGGGAGGGUCUCUCGGACUUCUACCGCGAAACUUUCUGCCGUGGUGGCGUUCCUCACACUGCGUUCUGGGCUGCCAACGGUAACAGCUUCCGCGGUCGUUCAAAGAUGGAGGAUCCUUUUUCAAUGCUUGACAAGUACCCAACUGUGAACGCAUACUGGGAGGACAAGCGUGCAGCUCAGGAAAACAUCACCGUCCCCAGUUACACCCUGGCCUCGUACUCAACCAUGCUUCACGUCUACGGAAGUGUCCGCGGAUUCCGUGAGAUCAACUGCCAGGACAAGUGGCUCCGCUUCCACCCUUGGCAGGAGUGGUAUGAUCUGUAUGCCCCGGCGGGUGUCGUGGACCUUGCAAAGUUCUUUGACAGGUACCUGAAGGGCGAGGACAACGGCUGGGAGUCGACUCCUCGCGUGCGUCUCGCGCUGCUGCGCAUGGGUGACCAGGAUCCCAUUAUCGGCCAAGAGGAGGAGGACUACCCAAUUCCGCGUACACAGUACAUCAAAUACUACCUCAACAAUACCACCAAGUCGCUUGACCUCUCUCCCCCUAACGAGUCUACCUCCCUGGAAUACCUUUCCACGAGCGAAGGCAUUCUCGGCUACGACAUUAAAUUCACCGAUGCUACCCAACUGGCCGGUUACCCGAAACUUGAGCUGUAUAUCUCGUGUGACGGCCACGACGACAUGGACGUGUUUGUGCAGCUGCGUAAACUUGACAAGGACGGUAAGGAGCUCAACCAGAUCAACUACCCAAUGCAGGAGCUUCAAAAGUUCGGCAUUCAGAAGCGCGAAGACGUGUCAUGGCUCAAUAUUGUGCGCCACCUGGGCCCAAGCGGUGUCCUGCGUGCCAGCCAUCGCGAGAUCGACGAGAGCAAAUCGACACACUUUGACCCCUUCCACCCACACACCCGGGAGGACAAGAUCAAGCGUGGCGAGAUUGUCAAGCUCGAGAUUGGCAUCUGGCCCAUGGGUAUUGCUUUCGAGGCCGGGGAGGGGCUGAGGGUGUGCAUUUCAGGCCACUCGCUUGUCCUUCCAGAGUACCCUGGUCUUACCCAAGACCAGUACAAUGUCGGUACGUGGAAGAUCCACACUGGUGGCGAGCAGGCGUCGUUUGUCCAAGUGCCCAAGAUCUAG